AUGACACUCAAAAUUGCAUGGAAGACGAAUAACUUUGAAGACUUGCAAGAACCCGUCAGGAUCGUCGCGAACAGUGACGUCAUCAAGUCAAUGGCAAUUCGAGUCGAAUAUAAGAAACGUGUGGCGUUUAUGCAGUACCACCUAGCGUCUCUGGAUCUUGGAUUCUCAAAUUCAAAGCUAUCACCCACUACACAGGAAAUCUUGGGUCCCGAUUCACUCCGGGUGAAAGCAGACCAAAACCUCUUCGCCGUCGUUCGUCAGAACCGGAUUCCGGCAGCUGUGAAGGACGGGUCUAGGUGUUCGUUCCUCGAGACGCCCGUCGGUGUGGCCACUCUGAUCCUGCGGAGGUGUUUGGAGAGUUUAUCGAGGCCGCGGUACUCUGAGAACGAGAAUAUCCUGGCCAACCUGAGGAAGUGGUGGAAACCUUCUUUGGAGCUUCUUCUGGGCACUUUGCAGUGUAUUCCGAGUGAGGAUAGGGAUGAGGAGUUGAUGGAUGAGGAUGGGUGUGAGGUUUUGUAUGGGAGGGCUGGGUUUCUUUAUGCGUUGUUGCUGCUUAGGAAGGAGGUGGAGAAGGUGAAGGGGUUGAAGGCGUAUCGGGAGGAGAUGGAGGAGGGGCAUAAGGAGGGUCUUGAGGUGGUUGUUUCGGAUAAGAUGUUGGGAGUUGCUGUAGAGUCUCUCAUCGCGAGGGGACGGUAUGGGGCCAAGGCGUAUGAAGGGGAACUUGGGGGUGCCGCGGCUCAGGAAGGACAUGGAUUGCCGCCGUUGAUGUGGAAGUGGCACGGGAGACGGUACCUGGGAGGAGCGCAUGGCGUAGCUGGUAUACUGCAAAUGCUACUUGAAUGUCCAAGAAGCGUGAUCGAACCGCACGUCCCUGAUGUGGUUUCGACAAUCGGGUGGCUGGUGGGAUUGCAAGAUACAGACGGGAACUUCCCAUCGAAGGCUCCCAGUUUGUCACGCCCGAAUCCAGAUAACGAGCUCAUUCAGUGGUGUCAUGGAGCCCCGGCUGUAGUCACCCUCAUCUCAACCACCCUCCACCUCGACUCCCAGCUCUUCACCCUAUCGUCAGAUCUUCGUUCACGAUUCCUCUCCUCCCUGAAACGGGGAGCCGACUUGAUAUACGAGCGUGGACUACUUCGUAAAGGCCUUGGGCUAUGCCACGGCGUCGCUGGCUCCGUAUACACUCUUCUCGCAGCCUCGACGAUCCUGGAUCUCCCAGAACACAACAGCUCACCUUCGGGGUCCUCAUCGCCGUACUUCAAGAAAGCUAUUCACCUCGCGCAUUUGGCCACUUUGGCGGAUCAGCUUGUGGAGGAGGGUGCGAUGAGGGUGCCUGAUCGCCCGUGGAGCCUGUAUGAGGGGUUGGCGGGGAUGUGUUGUGCGUGGGGAGAGAUUUUCCAUAGGUUGAAUGGCGAUGCUGGAAGUCGGAGGGUGUCGAGUGGGAUGCCUGGGUACGAUGAUCUGCGUUGA